AUGCUGUGCGACGUCAUAAAUGUCACUGCCGCGCUGACCGCCACGCUCCCGUUCGUGCUGAUCGUAGUAUUUCUGGGUCGGUCGCUGACGCUGGAGGGAGCCGACAAGGGCCUGCACUACUUCUUCCGGCCCAACUGGCAAGAGUUGGGUAGAGCGAAUGUGUGGAUCAAUGCGGCUGCCCAGAACUUCAACUCGAUCGGCAUCACGUUUGGGUCGAUGAUUUCGUUCGCUAGCUACAAUAAGUACAACAAUAACAUUCUUCAUGACACGCUGGCAGUGUCGUUCGUCAAUGCCAUCACAAGUCUGUUGGUCGGCAUCUUUGCGUUCGCCACCAUCGGCAACAUAGCGCUCGAGCAGAGCACGACGGUCGAGGAUGUGCUCAGCGGUGGACCGGGUUUAAUAUCGUGGUUCGUGGUGUACCCUCAGGCAUUGGCAAAAAUGCCGGCCGCACAGCUUUGGGCCGUACUGUUUUUCUUCAUGCUACUCUGCUUGGGUCUGAACAGUCAGUUCGCGAUCGUUGAGGUGGUCGUUACUUCUAUCCAAGAUGGGUUCCCCCGUUGGAUCAAACGGAAGUUAGUUUACCACGAGCUGUUGGUGUUGAUCGUUUGCGUCGUAUCGUUCUUCGCCGGCUUGCCCAAUCUGAUCCAGGGAGGGAUCUACUUCUUUCAGCUGAUCGAUCAUUAUGCGGCAUCUGUUUCGAUCAUGUUCCUGGCGUUCUUCGAGACGAUCGCAAUCGCCUGGUUUUACGGCAUCAAUCGGUUGUCGAAGAAUGUGAAGCAAAUGACGGGACGGUACCCAUCGCUCUACUUACGGUUCUGCUUGCUGGUGGCCGUACCGUUAUUGUUGAUCUCAUUGUGGAUAUUCAGUUUGAUCAAUUACGAAGCUCCAACGUAUCAUAAUGGCAAAUACAGCUAUCCCGGCUGGGCCCACGGUCUUGGAUGGGCUAUUACCUCAGCUUCGCUGGUCUGCAUUCCAUCAUACGGCGUAUAUCAGAUCGUUCGUGCAGAAGGAAACACAUUCGGCGAGGUACGUACGACCCUGUUUUGA